CCAACGGGCGCCGAGUUGGCUGUGAAAGUUUCCCAUUUUAUCGGCCAUUAAAUAGAGUCUUUCGUGUUGUGUGUUUCGCGGGUGAAUUUCUUUGGUUAAUUCGUUGCGUUUGAGUGAGUCAGAGAAGCCGGCAGCGUGAGGGAAAAUUUUCGAAAUUUGGAGUGGAAAGCAUCUCCUCGUGACGUCCAGAAUUCGCUCAAGAUUCCCGCCCCAUACAAACGCAGGUGGAUCUUCGUUGCAGCGCGGGUGCGUUGCCGCCAAUGCUUUCGUUGGCCAGCAGUGCGGCCAACAUGUCGGCGGCUGGAGGUGGUUCAGCAACGGGCGGAGGCGGUGCUGGACUAGUGGGUAGCAACAAGCGGCAACAUUGUUACCUCUGCGAUCUACCCCGGACGCCAUGGGCCAUGCUGCAAGAUUUUAGCGAACCCGUUUGUCGUGGAUGCGUGAAUUACGAAGGACCAGAUAGGAUCGAAUUGGUUAUUGAAUCUGCUCGACAAAUGAAACGUGGUCCUUACCCAGGUGGAGAAUCGAUACCUUCAACUGCCCCUACGUCGUCACAAAGGCCACAAGGACCGGCUGAACAACGAAUCACGACAACACCAGGCCCAGGCAAAUCUAAUCAUCCCGCCGAAAGGCUUCAAAAUCGUCCACCGGAUUUAACAAAUGGCAACGCUUCCGAUGGAUUAACUUUACCAUCUCACGCUCACGGCGGUCAUCAUGGAGGCCAUCCUGGUGUUCCAUCCAUGUCUCAACGGUCGUCUCAUGGACCUGGUCCAGUUGGACCUCCAAGCGGCUACCUGCAUAUUAACGAAGGACGGCCUCGACACUUGCCAUCUGAUUAUCCGCCUCGAUUGCAACAACAGAAUACUAUUAUGGGGCGAAUGGAGUCCCUGGACCACUCAGAUCCACGUUCGUCAGUCCGUGGCGGUCCCUCUGCUGGUCACCACAUGCAAAUCAAUUCGCAUGGUCGUUCAGCUGGACCGAAAAGAGAACGAGACGAUGAUGACAACACUCCAUCGCAAGCCACUUCGUACCUGUCGAACAAUGGCAUGAUGGUCCAGUUGCAACACGCUGAUGGAUCGAAACGAUCAGCCCUGGACACGAUAUCCGAAUAUCGGCCACAGCUCACGCGUGGAGAUUCCUUACCAGCCGGGUUGGCCGUUCAAUUUGAUCCGCGUGAUGGCGGACGAUUGAAUCACAAAGAACGACCUAUUCGGGUCGCUUCUUUCGACGCCACAUCUUCAAAUAAAGUAUUUCCCGGAAUUCCGUCUGCAGCCGGAGGAGGUGGCGGUGGAAAUCGCGGUGGAGUUACGGCGUCUCCGUUAACUAGAAACAGUCCACCGGGUGGACCUCAUCAACUACCACCUGGCCAUCCGCUGAUGGUGCCACCACACUCAUCCGCUGGCCCACUACCACCUAGCAACAACCACGGGCCGUCCCAGCAACAGACAUCGCAGCAACAGCAACAUCCGCAUCACCCAGCAACGUCCAUCAACGGUGGCCCACCUUCAUCGACUCCACCGUACGCUAGUGGCCCACCUGGGUCUCAUUCUCAUCCGCCUUCUACAACCGCCAGUGGAUCAGGCGGAGGAAAUGCGGCUCCUCCUGCCAAUCCGGGCAAAGCGCCAUCGCCAAUGCAAUCGCUCAUUUCCGUAGCUGAUACAAUCCUUCCCGUCUCGAAUUCACCGCGCGGGAGUCCGCCAACCGGAUUGCCGCCCGGAGCGGCCCAACUUUCACGUACGCCAUCAAGGGGAUCCCAGCAUUCUCCCAGUUCGUCAGGAUCGGCCACAAGUCGGCGAUCAUCUGGCAACGGUGCGGCGACGGUAAGCAACGGUCGCCAUGGUUCGACGUCCGAGGUCAAUGCGACAAGCACCAGUCCAUCCGAUCCGGGAUCUCACUACGCUGGAUCAGACAGUGGCGUAAGCAGCGGCGGCGGAAGCAACAAUAGUAGCAACGCAACAACAGCCGCCAUUCCGCCGAAUGUUGCAGCCGCUGCGGCUGCCGCGGCGGCAGCGACGCUCAAAUGCACCAUUUGUCAGGAGCGAUUAGAGGACACGCACUUUGUCCAAUGCCCUUCGAUCUCGCAUCACAAGUUUUGCUUUCCAUGUUCCCGCGAUAGCAUCAAACAGCAAGGUGCCGGAUCAGAGGUUUACUGCCCCAGCGGAGAGAAAUGUCCACUAGCCGGGUCCAAUGUUCCUUGGGCCUUUAUGCAGGGCGAAAUUGCUACAAUCCUCGGAGAGGAGAUGAACAGCAAACCGCUUACGAAAGAGCGGGAAACUUGAAAAAAAGAAUUUAAUCGUUUUUUUUUUUUUUUUUCGAGAGAGAGGGAUAGAAAAAUCCCUCCCUAUAAACACACAUACACACAAUUUAUAUGUUGAGCUCUCUUUUUCUGGUUCCUCCGUAUUCCUUUUUUGAGAUCGGAGUUUGUUUUCUAUUUCGAUCUUUUUGUGGCCCAGAAUAUUUGCGGUCUUUUUCUUUUCUCGACUCCCGCGUGGAUCAUGCCGGGCGUGUUUCUCCACACAGACACACACACAAAGAAAAACAUACGAGGAGAGAUUCCUCGAUAUUGUUGAAAUAACUUUUUUUUUGUCCACUCUUUGAAUAAUCAGUGCAACGGUCAUUAUUAGACAGACACGAAACGCUCAACUAUUUUGCUCCCAUUUUUUAAAAUCAUUUUUGUUUGGUUUUGAUACCUUACUGGAUGAUUCCUUUUUUUGUUGUCUUUUUUUUUUGUCUUAUUCGUGUGUAGAUAAUCGUCAUACGCACACACACGCAAAGAUGGCUGUGUAUGGCAUUUUUCUUUAAUUCCGUGUCUGGAUAUUUGGAGAGAGAAAAAAGUUUGAAAAACAAAACAAAAAAACAAAGGAGGAAAAAAAAAAAUAUUAUGCGCCAAAAGACGCAAUGUCUCUUUUUUUUCAGUUUUUAUUUUUUCAUAUAACCCAAGUUGUCCCCUUUUUUUGCGGGCCACAUUUUUUCGUGUUGAAUUAUUUUUCUCUUGUUUGAUUGUUUCUUCUUUAUGUUGACUUGAUGGUUCCACAGUUUCUCCCAAUUUUUUGUCAGGUCGUGAAAAAAAAAAAUUGCGAUUGUUUUAACUACUAUUACUACCACUGCUACUAUUACUAAUACUAUUACUACUAGUACUAUUACUCGCGUAACAAAAUACCAGAUAUACCAGAAAUUACAAAAAAGAAAAACAUA